AGAACUUUUUAUGAAUCUCAAGAUACAGUUAGUUUAGUGUAGCUGGUGCAUAUAGGUUAUAUAUGAAUGUAUAUAUGCAAUGGGGGUCAAACCAAAACCAUACCCUGUAAUUACAGAUUUGGUUUCUUUGUGGUUUGUAUUUUGCAAGUCUUGUGUGUAAAGAUGAUUCCUUGUCUUAAAAUUAUUACAGCCAGCUAAGACAUGUUUUUAGCCACGCUAAAGCAUAAUAGCGGUGAUGAGUGAAUCUGUCCCAUUUUGCAUCUCCGAAUAAUUUGCGAAACUUUGAAAAGAGUUGCAAAACGCAAAAAAUUUGCAAAACACAGAAAGUUAUUUUUUGUUGCGCAGCAAAUUGUUGUGCCUGUUUCACAAAACAAUCCUCCAAUGGCAAAAUGCAGAAAUUCACCAGAAAUCCAUGCCUGGUGAAAAAUUUCGCUCUUCACGGCAUAAUAGUAAUUUAAAAAAGAGAAUAACAAAUGUCCCUCACAGCAAACAUUUUAUUGCAGGAUUGUAAAUAGAUUUUGUUUUCCAUAGGAACUGAAUAAAGAGUCCUGGAAUUGCCAGUACCAGAGAAAACCUGUUAGUACCUAAAAUUAAAUAUUAUAUCUCCCACCAGAACCGUCAGACGCUACACGAGGUUCAGAACCCAAACAACAGCCAUCUGUAACACUGCAUUCCCCACCCCCCACCUGUCACCACAGCAACGAAAACAUAGUGGAGCCUCCGGUUUGCCUCCCUAAUGAUGGCGGGACGUAGUGGCUGUGACGCAGCUGCGUAGUAGCGAGUGGGGAGGGGCGGCACGCGUUGUAGUGAGAGCGCAUUGUCUGUUUGAAAGGAGGAAUCUGGGCCGAGUUGAGGCCGCCGAGUAAAAGAUCUUUAAGGCACCGGGCACCCGUCAGUAUUCGUGUGUUGUUCACAUAAGUGGCUUUCUUUUGUUCUUCCAGUGGCUGGAUCAACCUGGGUAACGGACUUGGUGUGGGGUGCUGUGCGGUCCUUUGUAACCGGCUACGUUACUCGCCUGCUUUUACUGGGGGAUAACAAGCCGUCUCCGUUCGCUGCUGACGAGCCAGUGUGAUUCUGCAACCAGCAGGUUUCCAUAUAGACUGCUCCAGGGUUGCUUUGUUCCAUCAUACUGUUCUGUGUGUUGUCAUCUCUAUCACCAUGACUGCACCUUCUAGAGGCCCCUAAGACUUGCAUGUCUUCAAAAGUCAUCUGAUCAACUUGGGCACUGGGGGCAGAAGACCAUGAGUGGCUAAAAAAAAUCUUGACCCAAUAUACAAGGUACACUCUCAGAAUGACUGAAACUGCAUCAAAUAUGCUGGUUUAGAAGGCCACACUGAAUUCUGUAUUUUUGCAAGAUACUUGUGGGAUGCCACAAAUUUCAAGUCUGCAAAAUUUGAUGGCAAGAAAUGUCUGUGAUGUAAAAGGCAGCUUAAAGGCUUUGUUACUGUGAUACUUAAAGAGAAAAAAAACAAUUAUUUUUAAAUGACCGCUUCAGUUUUUAUCUAAGUUCUGACAAAAUAGAAAUUGUCCCCAAAAAUGGAAAGUAAUCUUGCUGAAGAAAAAAGCAACGAUCUGAAAGUUGAAGAUGAUGAAGACAGAAAUAGCGACUUGGAUGGCAUGCAAAUAAAAAUGGAAUCAGAUGACCUAAAACAGACCGAAAGCAGCGAUGAACAAGAAGAUAAGGAUCAAUUCUGUGCCGAUACCUCAAAUACUUUUGUUUCAGCUGAAAAUGAGGAUGAUUAUGGUGUUCUGUUUUCUCAGUACACUACUACUCUUUAUGAUGCAGCAAUGGAGGCUGUUACACAAAGUAUACUUACAAAUAAAAAUAUUAGCAAUCGGAAAAAAUCUCCAGCUUGGAACCAUUUUUUUAUAUCUCCCCGGGACAGUACUAAAGCAAUAUGCAUGUAUUGUAUGAAAGAGUUUAGCAGAGGGAAAAAUGAAAAAGACCUAAGUACAAGUUGUUUAAUGAGGCAUGUUAGAAGGGCGCAUCCUAGAGUCCUUGUUUCUGAAAAUGGAACUAUGCCAGGUAUAUCUUCCUACUCUCCACCAACAUUACUUCUACCUCCGCAAUCUUUAGAUGCUGCAGAAUCCAAUGUUACACCUGCUAAAUAUAAAAAAUCAGCAUUAAAAAUAUCUCCCUCAGAAAAAGUACCAGAGGAAACUUUGACUUUAUCAGAUGAAAUAUCCUCAGACUUUUCAUUGUCAGGAAAAAACAAAGAAGAGGUUUCUGUGGUCUCGCCAGUGUCAUUUCCAAACAGUCAAUUAGAUGAAACCACUGAGAACAUUGUAGAAAAACACAUUCCAACUCCAAAAAAUUCAUCUGGUUCUAGGAGAAGGUCUGCUGUCUGGAAGCAUUUUUAUUUAUCUCCACUGGAUAAUUCAAAAGCAGUUUGUAUACACUGCAUGAAUGAAUUUAGCAGAGGAAAAAAUGGAAAGGACCUUGGAACUAGUUGCUUAAUAAGGCAUAUGUGGAGAGCACACCGUUCAAUUGUUUUGCAAGAGAAUGGCGGAGGAACAAGUUUGCCGCCCCCUUAUUCUGUGCCUCCUACCUUGUUGCCAUCUCUCCUUCCUUCAGAUGGUGGUGAUGUUGGAUUUGUUGCUGUAUCUCCAGGAAAAAUGGGUAAAGACCCUGCUUCUAUUCCUUCAUCUCCUGAUAGGGCUUCAGUGGAAAUUCAGUGUGGUGUUCCUAAUGGUAACUUAAUUGAUGACGAUGAUGAAUCCGUUUUGCAUUCCUCAGAAAGUAAUACUGAGUCGUUAUUGCUACCUUCCCCUGAAAAACUUGGUCGUGGUCGCAGAUCUUUAACAUAUAAGCCGCACGUUUUUCAACCAAGUAAAAAAUGUAUGAAAAGGUUAAAAUCUGAAGUAUGGCACCAUUUCUCAUUAUCUACAACUGAUAAUCAGAAAGCAGUGUGUAAGUAUUGCAGUUGCAUGAUUAGCAGAGGCAAAAAAGGAGAUUUGGGAACAAGCUGUUUAAUGAGGCAUUUAUAUAGACGACACCCAGAAGUCAUAUUGAACCAAAAAAAAAUUGACAUCAGUCUAGCCAAUUCUCCUUAUGCUACUUUAGCUUCUGCAGAGUGCUCAUCAAAAAUGACAGAAUUAACAAUAGUAAAUCACGAUAAUCAAAUUGUAUUUCCAACAAACAGCAAAAAGACCUCAAAACUGUGGAAUCACUUUUCAAUUUGUUCUGCAGACUCAACAAAAGUUAUAUGUAUGCACUGUGGUCGAACAAUAAGCCGAGGGAAAAAACCAACCAAUUUAGGAACCAGUUGUCUCUUAAGACAUUUGCAACGGUUUCACAGCAAUGUUCUUCAAAACAAUAGUGUUUCCGAAACGUUGCGUCCUGCCGAUUCACAAACACCAGUGAACACUGAAUUAGCAGCCUCCUCUUUUGAAGACACCACUGACAAAUUUAGUGACUCUCAUCCAGUUGCCAAAAAAAUUACAAGUCUUAUAGCUGAAAUGAUUGCACUUGAUCUUCAGCCAUAUUCCUUUGUAAAUAAUGUAGGAUUCAAUAGACUACUUGAAUAUCUUCAGCCUCAAUAUUCAUUACCAUCUGCAUCUUACUUUUCAAGAACAGCAAUCCCCGAUAUGUAUGAAAAUGUAAAGCAGAUCAUAGUCUCGCACUUAAAAGAAGCAGAAAGCGGUGUAAUCCAUUUUACAGCUGGAAUAUGGAUGAGCAGUCAAACGCGGGAAUACUUAACACUUACUGCUCAUUGGGUAACAUUUGAGUCAUCUUUUAGACCACAUUGUGAAAAUCACCACUGUUCAGCACUUCUGCAUGUUUCGCAAAUUGAUUGUGACUAUAAUGAUGUUAGUGUUCAAAAACAUCUAGAAUACUUGUGGGAAUCCUGGAUAGCUUCAUGUGGACUUCAGAUAGGCAUAACAGUAACAGAUAAUCACAGCAUAGCAAAAACAUUAAAUGAAAGUGAACAUUCAAGUGUUCAAUGCUUUGGACAUACAGUGGACCUAAUUGUUAAUGAGGCAAUUAAAAGUCAAAGGAUGGUGCAAAACUUGUUAAGUAUUGCAAGAAAAAUCUGUGAACGUGUACACCGCUCCACAAAAGCAAAAGAAAAAUUAGCAGAGUUGCAAAAAGAAUAUGAUUUACCUCAGCACCAUUUGAUUCAGGAUGUCCCUUCUAAAUGGAACACUUCAUUUCACAUGUUAGACCGACUAAUUGAACAGAAAAGGGCAAUUGAUGAAAUGUCUAUCGAGUGCAGCUUCAGAGAACUAAUAAGCUGUGAUCAGUGGGAAGUAAUGCAGUCUGUCUGCCAUGCACUGAAACCAUUUGAAGCAGCCAGUAGAGAGAUGAGUAUGCACAUGGCCACAUUAAGCCAGGUUAUUCCAAUGAUUCAUAUACUUAACAGAAAAAUAGAGAUGUUAUUUGAAGAAACCAUGGGUAUUGAUACAAUGCUGAAAUCGCUUAAAGAAGCCAUGGUUUGUCGUCUGUCGUCAACGCUUCAUGAUCCCCGAUAUAUAUUUGCGACACUCUUAGACCCCAGGUACAAAGCUUCCUUAUUUUCAGAGGAGGAGGCUGAGGAGUACAAACAAGGAUUAAUCAGGGAACUGGAGAUACUAAGUUCUACCUCAGAUGAUGCACUCAUCCUAAAUGGGUGCAACAAAAGUUCUUCGCCAAAAAGCAACGGUGAGGAAAACAUUUGGUCACUUAUGGCAAAUAUUAAAAGAUCAAAGGCAUUAAAAGAAAAAUUGCCAGAAGAUAUUGUGUUUGCUUACUUGGAAGAAGAAGUUCUUGAACAUAACUGUGAUCCAUUAACUUACUGGAACUUGAAGAAAUCGGCAUGGCCAGUUUUAGCAAAACUGGCUGUCAGAUUCCUUGGAUGCCCACCUAGCAUUAUUCCCUCUGAGAGACUUUUUAACACUGCAAAUGAAAAUUGCAAUUUUAACCAAAAUAGACUAAUGAUGGAACAUUUUGAGCAGCUAAUCUUUUUAAAAGUCAAUCUCCCUUUAAUUUACUUCCAGUAUUGAUCUACAGUUAGCAGGUGAAGCUUUUUCCCUAGAUAUUAACUGUAUUUUAUAAAUUUGUUAAAUUGCUCCACUAGGGGCCAUGUACGACAACUGAGAAUUGACAAAUUAUUCUAUAACGUUCCAAUGUUGGGCUUUAAAUAUUGUCUACAUGUGCCUUACUUAGUUUUUCAGGCCAGACCUUGUACAUUUAAUUUUUUUUAAAGAAAAUUUCACCCUAGAAUGUUUGUCAUGUAACUAUUAAAUAUAGGUUUUAGUCUUCAUACCUGUAAAUACACAUGUAAAGUGAUUUCUUUUAAAACAGAAUUGCAAAAAAAAGAUGUAAAAAUAGUAGGUUUUUUUUGUACAAAAGGUACUGUAUUUCAUUCAGACGUUGCUUUUAUGUUGUGUGUUUUUAAUAAUGCUGCAUAUACAGGUUAGGGCAUAUUACUAUGAAAGGGAGUCACUUACUGCAACUGAUUUUGCUACAGUUGGCAAACAGUCUGUUAUAUCAGGUAUCCAGUCAAGUAACGUAAAAAUGAUUAACUUUUGUCUACACUGCAAUGACCCCUUUAGUGAAACACAGAAGUAUUGUUUACAAAUCGAUCAUCAAACUUUUGUAUAAAAUACAUUUGUUGGUCUGUUACAAGCAAGACCUUUUAUAGGCAAACAACAAAAGUGCGUAUUGCUGCUAACACACAGUACCUAUUGUGUGUGCAUGUAAAUGAAACUCCUGAUAGUGCUCAAUGUGUAGCAUUAAAUUGGGUUAUUUACAUAAUUUUAAAUGUUGUUUUUAAAAGGAAAAGAAAACCCACAACAUCUGCACCACCACUACUAAGCUGAGAAGGUUGGCAGCCCUUUAUAACCAAGUGUCCGUUUCAAGACUGGUGCAGCAAAAGCCCUUCCACAGUGCUCUCUUCCUGACAAAGCCUACUGGCGUUCACUGAUUCCCCACCUACUGACUGUCAAUGCACUAAGAGCACAUUGUAGAUCUGUUAUGCUUAGGGCUAGACUCCACAGGAGAUUUUGUAGGUCAGAUUUUAUCUGAUCUAGUCACGCAACGACACAGCAUCUUGUAGGAUAACACCAAACACAUUUUGUAGGAUCCUGCAAAAUCUGAUCCCCACAGCUAUAUUAUAAUAUUGGAUCAUAUUAGGUAGUAUGGUGUGUUUUGUAUAUGCAUCAGAGUCUGUAUUUCAAUGAGAAAAAAUAUCUGUCAGACACAGAUUUCCUCUCUUUGAAUGAAGAUGCAGCAUUCUUUUCUGACAGGUGAAGAUGGCAAUCCUUUUAUGUAGUUAACACAUCAGAGUUUUGUAUCAGUCCCAUUAUCUCUUAAGCCAUGCAACUACACCGAUAUGAGAUCAGCACCAUCCUACAAAAUUCCCUGUGGAGUUUAGCCUUUACAUAGCCUACACAGAUUGGAGGGUUUAUAUGAUGGGUUUUCUUCACCUUUAAUAUUGAGGAACUUAGUUGGUCUUUUGCUAAAACACAUUUUCAUAUUUUGUAUUAGUUUUUGUAUCAGGCUGCAUUUUCUUUUAUUGUCCAGUUUUUAAAAUACAUGUCUACCAAAAUUCAUUGUUUGUCUUGAUUUCACAGCAUAAUUUUUAUAUUUCUGAUGCUGUUGAAAGAUUUUUCUGUCAUAACAAUGUUCUCAUGCAAUAGAAAAGUAGGGAUCUUUGUUGCAUCAGUUUUUUCACCGUUGCUGUAAACUAUCAAUUUUUUGUGUUUAAAAUACUGUACCAGUCUGAUUUAAUUUUUACAUCUAUGUAUUAGUGUAUUUAUAAAUGGUAAACAAAUGUUUUUUUGAAAUUAAACCAUUUAUUUACAGUAGA